AUGCGGAGGCCGCCCUCGGAGCUCCGCUCGCUGAAUCCGGGAUCCCCGGGGCGGGAACCCGCCCUUCCUUCCGCAGAGAUGUCGUACCAGAACCAGCAGCAGGUCAAGCAGCCGUGCCCUCCACCUCCCCCGAUCCCGCCGCCCUGCCCGCCACCCGUCAAGUGCCCGCAGCCUUGCCCGCCACCCGUCAAGUGCCCGCAGCCUUGCCCGCCACCCGUCAAGUGCCCGCAACCCUGUCCACCGCCUGUCAAGUACCUGCCGAAGUGCCAGGAGCCGUGUCCGCCCCCGCCGUGCCAGCAGUGA